ACAGCAGCCCGUUCCAUCUAUGGGUAACCACGUCCAGAGACAGCAAAGAGAAACCACUGUUGCUCAGUGGAAAUAAACUAUCUGAAUAAAACUUCUUAUUGGGGGUUGAGACUGAAGCUGAAACUGGAGUCUGUCUUGGUCUUGACUUCUGAAGUCUUUAAAGGUCAGUUGGAUGCACAUUCUUAUACUACCAUCUGCUACCAUUGAUAGACAGAAGACCUAUCUCCAUGCCUGCCCCUGUGCUUUUGUAGAAAUGCCAGACAGGAAAGCUGAAGAUGAAGUGGAUUUUCUAAGUAAGACCAGAGCUAGUUCAGUGUCUGAAGAGGUGGCUGUAGGGAAUGGAGCUACCACACCUAGGAUGAAACAAGGCCCAAAGACCCAGGCGAUAAACCGAGAAAGCUGGUGUACAAUAGAACCAUGCCCAGAGGCAGCAUCUCUUUUGGCUUCCCAGCAGAGCCCAGGAUGUGAGAACAUUUUGGAUGUUGCAUUGAGCGGAGAGUGUAGCUCAAAACAAGAUGUACUUCAGAGAGAAUCUGGGAGUGAUUCUGACCUCUUUCAUUCACCCAGUGAUGAAAUGGACAGCAUCAUCUUCUCAAAGCCCGAGGAAGAGCAGUUGGUCUGUGAUAUUACAAGAUCUGGUUCUUCUACUGAUGACACAGCUUCUCUGGAUCGACAUUCUUCUCGCGGCAGUGAUGUGUCCCUCCCUCAGAUUUCAAAAUUGAAGAGAUCUAGAGACCAGCAAAGCCAUGAUGGCUUCUAUAGCCAUGGGGUGGGAGUUGAGGGUCCAGAAGGUGAGAGUGAGCCUGCUGGCUCUGGGGAAAUUGAAGAAGAGGAGAUGGACAGCAUCACUGAAGUACCUGCAAACUGCUCUGUCCUGAGGAACUCCAUGCGUUCUUUGUCCCCUUUCCGGAGACACAGUUGGGGUCCUGGGAAGAAUGCAGCCAGUGAUACAGAAAUGAACCACCGGAGUUCAAUGCGAGUUCUUGGGGAUGUUGUCAGGAGACCUCCCAUUCAUAGGAGAAGUAUGAGCUGGUGUCCUUCUGGUGUGCAAUACUCUGCUGCCCUGAGUGCUGACUUUAAUUAUAGAAGUUUCAGUCUGGAAGGCUUGACAGGAGGAACUGGUGUUGGAAACAAUCCAUCUUCAUCUCUAGAAGUAAACUCUGCAGACUCAAAAGAACUCAGACACUCUUUCAGUGGGGAGGAACGGGGUGACUCUUUGGUGUCACUUUCAGAAGAGGAUCUGGAGUCAGACCAGAGAGAACAUAGGCAGUUUGAUCAGCAGACAUGUCACAGACCUAAGCAACGGGGAUUUAAUUAUUGCACAUCAGCCAUUUCUUCUCCAUUGACAAAAUCCAUCUCCUUAAUGACAAUCAGCCAUCCUGGAUUGGACAAUUCACGGCCUUUCCACAGCACCAGUGCUAAUCUGACUGAGAGUAUAACUGAAGAAAACUAUAACUUCCUGCCACAAAGCCCCUCCAAGAAAGAUUUUGAAGGGAAAAGUGGAACAAAAGUCAGUCGUACAUUCAGCUACAUCAGGAAUAAAAUGUCCAGCAGUAAGAAGAGCAAGGAAAAGGAAAAAGAGAAAGAUAAAAUUAAAGAGAAGGAGAAAGAUUCUAAAGAAAAGGAGAAAGACAAGAAGACUCUCAAUGGACACACUUUCAGUUCCAUUCCUGUUGUGGGUCCCAUCAACUGUAGCCAGUGUAUGAAGCCUUUCACCAACAGAGACGCCUACACUUGUGCAAAUUGCAGUGCCUUUGUCCACAAAGGCUGCAGAGAAAGUCUGGCCUCGUGUGCAAAGGUCAAAAUGAAACAGCCCAAAGGGAACCUUCAGGCCCAUGACACGUCUUCACUCCCCACGGUCAUCAUGAGAAACAAGCCCUCACAGCCCAAGGAGCGCCCUCGAUCCGCAGUCYUUCUGGCUGAUGAAACCACUGCUGCCCCAAUGUUUGCUAAUAGACGGUCCCAGCAGAGUGUCUCGCUCUCCAAAAGUGUCUCCAUUCAGAACAUUACUGGAGUUGGCAAUGAUGAGAGCAUGUCCAACACCUGGAAAUUCCUGUCUCAUUCAACAGACUCACUGAAUAAGAUCAGCAAGGUCAAUGAGUCAACAGAAUCACUUACUGAUGAGGGAGUAGGUACAGACAUGAAUGAAGGACAGCUAAUGGGAGACUUUGAGAUUGAUUCCAAACAGCUAGAAGCAGAGUCUUGGAGUCGGAUAGUGGAUGGCAAGUUUCUGAAACAGCAAAAGAAAGAUGUGGUCAAACGGCAAGAAGUGAUUUAUGAGUUAAUGCAGACAGAGUUCCAUCACAUCCGAACUCUCAAGAUCAUGAGUGAUGUGUACAGUCGGGGGAUGAUGACAGAUCUGCUCUUUGAGCAACAGAUGGUGGAAAAGCUGUUUCCCUGUUUGGAUGAGCUGAUUAGUAUCCAUAGCCAGUUCUUUCAGAGGAUUCUGGAGCGGAAGAAGGAGUCUGUGGUGGAUAAAAGUGAAAAGAACUUUCUUAUCAAGAGGAUAGGGGAUGUGCUUGUAAAUCAGUUUUCGGGUGAGAAUGCAGAACGCUUAAAGAAGACAUAUGGCAAGUUUUGUGGGCAACACAACCAAUCCGUAAACUACUUCAAAGAUCUUUAUACAAAGGAUAAGCGUUUUCAGGCCUUUGUAAAGAAGAAGAUGAGCAGCUCAGUGGUAAGGAGACUUGGGAUCCCAGAGUGCAUAUUACUUGUAACCCAGCGGAUCACCAAGUACCCAGUUUUGUUCCAAAGAAUAUUGCAAUGUACCAAAGACAAUGAAGCAGAGCAAGAAGACCUAACUCAGUCCUUGAGCCUGGUGAAGGAUGUAAUUGGAGCCGUAGACAGCAAAGURGCAAGUUAUGAAAAGAAAGUGCGUCUCAACGAGAUUUAUACAAAGACAGAUAGCAAGUCAAUCAUGAGGAUGAAGAGUGGUCAGAUGUUUGCCAAGGAGGAUUUGAAGCGGAAGAAGCUGGUAAGAGAUGGAAGCGUGUUUCUGAAGAGUGCUGCUGGAAGGUUGAAAGAGGUCCAAGCAGUUCUUCUCACUGACAUUUUAGUUUUCCUUCAAGAAAAAGACCAGAAGUACAUCUUUGCAUCAUUGGACCAGAAAUCAACAGUGAUCUCUUUAAAGAAGCUGAUCGUAAGAGAAGUGGCACAUGAGGAGAAAGGUCUAUUCCUGAUCAGUAUGGGAAUAAAAGAUCCAGAGAUGGUGGAGGUCCAUGCCAGCUCCAAAGAGGAACGAAACAGCUGGAUUCAGAUCAUUCAGGACACAAUCAAUACACUGAACAGAGAUGAAGAUGAAGGAAUUCCUAGUGAGAAUGAGGAAGAAAAGAAAGUGCUGGAUACCAAAGCCCGGGAGUUAAAAGAACAACUUCAGCAGAAGGACCAACAGAUCCUCCUCUUAUUGGAAGAAAAGGAGAUGAUUUUCCGGGACAUGACUGAGUGCAGCACUCCCUUGCCAGAAGAUUGCUCCCCAACUCAAAGCCCUAGAACUCUCUUCCGCUCGAACACAGAGGAGGCUCUCAAAGGAGGACCUUUAAUGAAAAGUGCAAUAAAUGAGGUGGAGAUCCUUCAGGGUUUGGUGAGUGGAAGCCUGGGAGGUGUACUUGGGCAAGCCAUCAGCAGCCCUGUUGAGCAAGAAGUCAUGGCUGGCCCUAUUUCUCUGCCCCGGAGAGCAGAGACCUUUGGAGGGUUUGACAGCCAUCAGAUGAGUGCUUCCAAAGGAGGCGAGAAGGAAGAAGGAGAUGAUGGCCAAGAUCUUAGGAGAACAGAAUCAGAUAGUGGUCUGAAAAAGGGUGGAAAUGCUAACCUGGUAUUUAUGCUUAAAAGAAACAGUGAGCAGGUUGUCCAGAGCAUUGUUCAUCUCCAUGAACUCCUCAGCACUCUGCAGGGUGUGGUGUUACAGCAAGACACCUACAUUGAGGACCAGAAGCUGGUGCUGAAYGAGAGAGCACUUACUAGGAGCUCAUCCCGCCCCAGCUCCCUUAUCGAGCAGGAGAAGCAGCGCAGCCUGGAGAAGCAGCGCCAGGACCUGGCUAAUCUCCAGAAGCAGCAGGCACAGCACCUGGAGGAGAAGCGCAGGAGGGAGCGUGAAUGGGAGGCCCGGGAGAGAGAACUGCGGGAGCGAGAGGCUCGACUGGCUGAGCGUGAGGAGAAGGUGCAGCGCGGGCAGCAGGACUUGGAGAAGGACCAAGAGGAGCUCCAGCAAAAGAAGGGAACAUACCAGUGUGACCUGGAGAGGUUGCGUGCUGCCCAGAAACAGCUGGAGAGAGAACAAGAGCAACUUCGGCGGGAUGCGGAACGGCUCAGCCAGAGGCAGAUGGAACGGGACUUCUGUCAGGUUUCACAUCAGCACACCAAGCUGAUGAGGAUCCCAUCCUUCUUUCCCAAUCCUGAGGAAUCCUCACUGCCAUCUGCACCUUCAGUAACCAAAACAGGAUCAUUGGACUCAGAACUUUCAGUGUCCCCCAAAAGGAACAGCAUCUCUCGGACACACAAAGAUAAGGGGCCCUUUCACAUACUGAGUUCAACCAGCCAGACAAACAGACUACCAGAGGGACAGAGCCAGGCCCCAUCGUGCACCUCCACCCGCCUGUUUGGGUUAGCUAAGCCAAAGGAAAAGAAGGAGAAAAAAAAGAAGAACAAAGGAAGCCGCUCCCAGCCUGGUGAUGGUCCUGCUUCAGAAGUAUCAACAGAAGGCGAAGAGAUCUUCUGCUGAUCUUAUCCUCUCUGCCGAGGCAGCUGCCUACUGACUGGCUGUGGUGCCUAGCACCACCUCUCCUGUUGCUGCAGCGUGCUCAAGUCCCUUACGCUGGAUGCCUACAGCUUUUCAGCAUCCAGUCUUCCUGGUCUUCCCCAGGUCCUGGACAAGAACAGAUUGUCUGAAUGUCAGGGUGGGGAAGGAAACCCAGAUUCCACUUCAUCCAUUAUCCGUGACUGCCCAGGCUCACGGGUAGGGCUGGCCCUACUCAGGUUGUUACACCGGAAACAGUGGCCCCAGAAGUACAGGCAAUGGUUUGGGACAUGUCAGGAAUUCCUAACAGCUUGAAAGAGUGUUUCCAAAUGAGCUCUGAAACUCUGCCUUUUAUUUGGGGGAACAAAACCAAAAUCAAAAAACAAACUGACCAGAUGGCACAUGGUUAUUCAGUACUUCAUCCUGUUAUCCUAAUAGAUGGAGUUCCCUUUAAACCACCCAGUGCACACAUCACCCCGUUUUUGCAUGUAUUUCUCAUUUUAUUUUGGAAGGGAUAACAAGCAUUUGUGAAACCAGUGAGAGAAGACUUGACAUGUAUAAAAGGUACCUGAUCUGUACCACCUUUAUCUCAUUGCCCCAGACUUUWAAAAAAAAAAAAAAAUCCAGAGGAGCUGGAUGGGGCCGCGCACGCCUAUAAUCCCAGCAACUCGGGAGA